UUUGCUUCCGUUCCGCUUCCGUCCACCUCUUGCUCUCCGUGGCGUUAGACCGCCUCAAUGAGGACUUCCAUUGAUCGGCCUGAAUGAAUUUUCUCCUCCUUCUAGGCGUGUAGUUGUGAGAAAACACGGCCCAGACAUGCAGAUCCUGACCCCCCAUGUUUACUGGGCUCAGCGGUACGGAGAGAUCUAUCUCCGGGUGGACCUGAGCGAUGCAACGGACGUUGAUAUCAGCUUGCAGGAAGACAACACUCUCCAGUUCAAAGCACAGGGUCAUGGAGCCAAAGGAGACAACCAGUACGAGUUCAGUUUGGAGUUCCUGGAACCAGUCAAACCUGAGAUCCACCAAAAGUCCACUCAGCGUCAGGUGGACAUCAAGAUCAAGAAGCGGGAGGAGCGCUGGUGGGAGCGACUGACGCUGCGAGAAAAGAAACCUCUGUUUCUGGCUCCGGACUUCGACCGCUGGCUGGACGAGUCGGACGCUGAGAUGGAGCUCCAGGCCAAGGAGGAGAAGAUCAACAGGAUAAGCGUGGAGUCGAGAGUUCGUAAAGACCCCUACCUCGGCCUGAAGAAGGGCUACCUGUUCAUGUACAACCUGGUGCAGUUCCUGGGGUUCUCCUGGAUCUUCGUCAACAUGACCGUUCGACUCUUCAUCCUCGGUCAAGACUCGUUCUACGACACCUUCCACACCACGGCGGACAUGAUGUACUUCUGUCAGAUGAUGGCCGUGCUGGAGGUCAUUAACCCCCUGCUGGGUCUGGUUAAGACCGGCUUCUUUCCUGCCAUGAUUCAGGUGGCAGGCAGGAACGUCAUUUUGUUCGUCAUCUUCGGCAGCCUGGAGGAGAUGCAGAACCAAGCCGUGGUGUUCUUCGUCUUCUACCUGUGGAGCACCAUUGAGAUCUUCAGGUACCCGUUCUACAUGCUGGCCUGCAUCGGCACAGAGUGGAAGCUGCUAACGUGGCUCAGAUACAGCCUGUGGAUCCCCCUGUACCCGCUGGGCGUGGUGGCUGAAGCGGUGGCUGUGAUCCAGUCCCUGCCCAUCUUCGAUGAGUCCCGUCUGUUCAGCAUCCCGCUGCCCUCCGUGCUCGGCCGCUCGUUAAGUUUCUCCUACACGCUGCAGCUCUACCUGGUGCUCAUGUUUCUGGGACUCUUCAUUAACUUCAGGCACCUCUACAAGCAGAGACAGAGACGGUACCGAUCCCGGAAGAGGAAGGUCCGCUAACUGCUCCAUGUCCUGCACACACCUGACAGCAGCUCUUUAAUUCCCCUCUUAAAGCCUUUUUUCCGCCUUUGGUCACCUUCGCUUCGGACUGACAGCUUCGUGG